AUGGUUCAUUGUAAGCCUUGCUCCACACCAAUUGCUCACAAGUCUUCUGCUGUUCCUUCCUCCAUUGAUGUGCUUCCUUAUGCUCAACCUUCCUUUUAUAGAAGCAUUGUUGGUGCUUUACAGUACUUAACCAUUACUCGACCUGACAUUGCCUUUGCAAUCAAUCAGGCCUACAAUGGGUCUUAUGACCUCCAUGCCUUCACUGACUCUAAUUGGGUAGGAGACUGCACAGAUAGAAGGUCCACUUCAAGUUUUUGCAAUUAUCUUGGCUCUAAUCUUAUCUAUUGGUUUGCUAAAAAACAACACACAGUCUCCAGAUCUUCCACUGAAACUGAAUAUAGGUCUAUGGUUGACACUACUGCAGAAAUUUGUUGGAUUCAACAAUUGCUCAAAGAUUUAUCUGUUCCUUCUUUCUCAGUGCCUGUGUUAUGGUGUGACAAUGUCUCUGCCAUGGCCUUAGCCUUUAAUCCAUUGUUUCACUCUAAGACUAUGUAG